CGCGCGGCUACCCCGCCGACCCCUUUUGCCCUGCCGCGCGGUCCCGGCUCGUGACUCGGGCGCGUGACCCCAGUGGCGUCUCGUCUGUGGCGAGAGAGCGGGGCCGGCCCAGACCCGGCUCUGACCUGACCCGCGAGGUGACCUUGGUCUUGUCCACCGUCGCCUCCCACCGCCCCCUGUCCAGCGGUCGAGCGCUUGAGGACCUAGCGCGGCCCCACAGGCCUCCCGGAGGCGGGGGUGGCACUGGGAGAUGCCCCUUCACGUGAAGUGGCCGUUCCCGGCCGUGCCGCCGCUCACCUGGACCCUGGCCAGCAGCGUCGUCAUGGGCCUGGUGGGCACCUACAGCUGCUUUUGGACCAAGUGCAUGAACCAGCUCACCGUCCACAACAAGGAGGUGCUGUACGAGCUCAUUGAGAACCGAGGCCCCACCACGCCGCUCAUCACCGUCUCCAAUCACCAGUCCUGCAUGGACGACCCUCAUCUCUGGGGGAUCCUGAAAUUCCGCCACAUCUGGAACCUGAAGUUGAUGCGUUGGACCCCCGCAGCCGCCGACAUCUGCUUCACCAAGGAGCUGCACUCCCGCUUCUUCAGCCUGGGCAAGUGUGUGCCGGUGUGUAGAGGAGAUGGCGUCUACCAGAGGGGCAUGGACUUCAUCCUGGAGAAGCUCAACCAUGGGGAUUGGGUGCACAUCUUCCCAGAAGGGAAGGUGAACAUGAGCUCGGAGUUCCUGCGCUUCAAGUGGGGGGUUGGGCGCCUGGUCGCCGAGUGCCGUCUUGACCCUGUCAUCCUGCCCCUGUGGCACGUCGGAAUGAACGACGUCCUGCCCAACAACCCGCCCUACUUCCCCCGCUUUGGCCAGAAAAUCACCGUGCUCAUCGGGAAGCCCUUCAGUGCCCUGCCAGUGCUGGAGCGGCUCCGGGCGGAGAACAAGUCCACUGUGGAGACGCGCAAAGCCCUGACCGACUUCAUCCAGGAGGAGUUCCAGCGCCUCAAGACCCAGGCGGAGCAGCUGCACAGCCACCUGCAGUCCCGGAGCUAGGCGCGCCCUCCCGCACAGCCGCCACCCUCAGAGCCGGGCUGUGCACAGACUGGUGCUUGGCACUCGACUGCACGUGUGGAAUUUUGUUGGUCGCCCGUACCGGUGCCCUCGCCUGGCGGUGGGCACUCCCAUGCCCCACAGUUCUGCAGGAGUGACCUCAGCGGCUCCUCUCCCGCAGGCCAGGACGAGGAAGAGACUUAGGCAGAGCGUCCUCCCUGCCUGCCUUCAGCUGCUCUCUCCUGGGGGCUGGAAUCUGGAGGGGAGAGGAAGGAGGCGGGAGCCCUGUCGAGCUUCGGGCAGGGGUCCGAGGCCCCUUGGCCUGGCUUCCAUCUGUCCCCCUGCCCAGGAGCCGCUCACCACCUCAGGGAUGGCUAUCAGCCACGUCUUCCUUCUGCCUACACUGGCCAUGUUUGGGGGCGCCUCAAACAUGGGUUCUCGUCCUGGUCUGUGGACAAAAAAAGCCCACUUUUGCCAAAAGUCCAGCCCAACUGAACAGAGCCUGCAGGGAGGGCCCGGGACCCUAAGCCUUGGCUGUGGGCCCCCAUUCGGGGACCCACUGACUGGUGCAUUCUGUCUACCUCCCUGGCAUUACUCCCACCCCCGGGACCUGAGUUUGCCUGUUUUGUAAACAAUAAAGCAUCUGUGUUGUGCUGUUUUACCUCUGA